CUUUCGGCCAUGACGCCGCCACAUUUGAAAGACUUACAUCUAACUACAACCAUAGACCCAUCUACUGAAAUAAGCUCGAAACGACCGAGCAUUAGCAGCGACACUAUGGAAGAAUCAGAAUUGGCCACAUCAGAGAGUCGAUUUCUCAAUGACACAGAAUUAAAGGCAGAAAUCGACACAGGAGAUGUAUCAGAUCAAUGGUUUUCUUUCAAAAAGUUAUGGACAUAUGCUGGACCAGGAUUGCUGAUGUCUAUAGCCUAUUUGGAUCCGGGCAAUCUGGAAUCAGAUUUACAGGCUGGAGCAAUUGCUGGCUACAGCCUAUUAUGGCUCCUCUUUUGGGCACAUGUAACCGGUCUGCUUUUUCAAAUUCUGUCAGCUCGACUUGGAACAGUAACGGGCAAACAUCUGGCCCAGCUGAUACGGAGUCAUUAUUCUAGACGGGUCUCCAUCACACUCUAUUGCUUUACACAAUGUGCCAUCAUUGGUGCUGAUAUCAUGGAAAUUGUCGGCAGCGCCAUCGCAUUGCGAAUCAUUUUAAAUAUCCCACUGUGGAGCGGAGUUCUUCUUACUGCCACAGACACCAUCACCUUCAGUUUGGUACAAUACUACGGAAUGCGAAAGUUGGAAGCCUUGUUCAUGGUGCUCAUUGCUCUUAUGGCCAUAUGCUUUUGGAUUGAAAUGUUCAUGUCUCGUCCAGAGAUUGCCUCUAUAUUUGAAGGCAUCAUCUUGCCAAUCAUACCUGAAAACUCUGUUAUCCAAGCUGUUGGUAUGCUCGGUGCUGUAGUCAUGCCUCACAACAUGUUUUUGCAUUCUGCUUUGGUCCAGUCACGAGAUCUAGGAAAGAACCCAACCGUCCGUAAACUGAAGGAAGCCAACUUUUACUUUGCUAUUGAGUCUGGACUGGCACUUCUUGUUUCUUUCCUCAUUAAUCUUGCUAUUGUUGUAUGCUUUGGACAAGUGUUUUACGACGAACAUGCAGGUUCGGAUACAACAGCUUUACCAGGAUUAUAUGACGCCGGCGAUGUCUUAAGUAAGACGCUGGGAUCAGGAGCUCGGUACUUGUGGGCAGCAGGAUUAUUGGCGGCUGGUCAGAGCUCAACCACAACGGGCAUGAUGGCUGGAGGAUUUGCCCUCGAAGGCUUCUUUCGACCGAUUUUUAAGAAAGCUUGGCAUCGAGUCGCGAUUACUCGAGCUGUGUCACUAGUUCCCAGCAUGUUGGUUUCAAUCUUUGCUGUCCAACAUUUUGAUACUAUGGGAGAGUUGCUCAAUGUAUUACAAAGUCUGUGUUUACCGACAGCACUUAUUCCUAUUCUCAAACUGUCUUCAUCAACACGCGUUAUGUCAGCCGAAUUCCAAAUCUCCAACGUGCUAUAUACAAUCUGUUGGAUAUUGGCGGCAAUUGUCAUUGGAUUCGAUAUCUUUCUGUUCUCGACAUACCUUCAUGCUAUCCCAUCGGUAUGGGUCGCUAUCGUCCUCGGUAUCUCGUAUCUGAUGUUUUUGGGAUACCUUAUUUGGCUACCUAUACGCAAGCAAGACGAGAAUGAUGGCUGGAUGUCAUUGCCUCAAGACGAGGCCGAUGUAGAGCACCAGCAUGGCACUCAAUUACAGGCAUACGAAGUAGAGAAUUAAAUACAGUUUAUAUUACAAGCUCAUGGGCUGGGCCCUUGAAAACAACUACCCCGUACUCUUCCUUUCCCUACCCUCUCUCUCUCUCGUUCUCUAUCUCUCAAUAACGCAUGCCCAUUUCAGUCAAGCAUUUGUAUUCUUUGUAAU